UGCGUAUCGUGGCAGUAUAGUACAUAAAUAAUAAAACAUGGUUUAUAGAGGAGUUUACAAGAACUUUUUUUGCAGCGAAAUCGGAGCCGAAGCAUUAAAAUUUUAUAAUAAGCACAAUAUUCCUACAAAAUCGCCUAGAGCCAUCUGUAAGCAGAUGCAGAAACUCUAUCAAAGGUGGAAAAUUAUUAAAAAAAACAUGAACCGCUGUGCAAGAACUACAAAAAAGCAGAAGUUUAUAACCGAAUUGGUCGAUUUAUUCGACAUUUCUGAUGUCAACGCAUUAAGCUUAAUGCAGAAUGAGAGUGAUAAACAAUUUUUAAUUUCGCAACAGCAGCCAGGCCGAGAGCCAUUUCUUAAAAGCCAUAAGCGGAGAUCUGCUCAGUCAGCCCAGCUACACCAAGAAACUCGCGAACUUGCUGAUACGUUGGCAACUUGUUCAGAGACAAGUCUAGCGUCAACGAUGUUAUGUUCAGAACAAAGCGCAUUGUCGAUUAGCGAAACUGUCGUCUUACAAAAAAAGAAGAUAAUGACGACAAAGCUCGCAGCAACUCUCGAUCGCAUUGGGUUAAGUGACCGAAAUGCUAUGCACGUGAUCUCUGCGGUGUUGGAAAGUGCGGGAUUAAAUUUGAACGAUUAUGUUUUGAGUCGAGAAAGCAUCCGAGUUUCAAGGCAGCCGGCUCGUAAAUCACUCGCAGCUGAGUUGAAGUCAAACUUUGAAACUACUGGCAUCAUUGUGGCGCAUUGGGAUGGAAAAUUUUUGGAGGAUAUCGUUGGAAUGGAAUAUGUCGAUCGUUUACCGGUGAUGGUAUCCACCAAAGAAAAUAUUCAGCUAUUGGGCGUUCCGAAAUUUGUGAGUGGAACGGGGGAAAACCAGGCGAACGCGGUUUUUCAACAGUUGCAGGAGUGGGAAUUGGCCGAAAGGGUAUGCGCUAUGGGGUUUGACACAACUGCCACUAAUACUGGUAUGAACAAAGCUGAAUCGAGUCCCGAAACUAUUGAACGAAAGAUUUCCAGGUCAUCAGCGUAG